AUGACCCAAGUGGAGGAAUACUUGGCGAAAAGCGGCGAGCUGGAGAGGCUCUCUAAACAUUUGCAUGAGCGCCUCGAGCAAAGCGGGUGGUACGACCAGGUGUCGACGCUUGCCAGCGCGGAGCUUAGCGCUGCAGACAGUCUUAAUUUCGACAGCAUAACUCAACAGGUGACUGCCAAAGCAAUGGCUAUGGUGUCUGAAGACAUUAAAGUGGAAAUGCUCCAACUGAUUCGGUCAAUUGUGGAUCAAGUUGUCGAAAAGGUUUAA